GCACGUUUGAUUGGCUGAUGAGCCCCCCUGCCACACAGGCGCACACCCUCACUGCCCCACUGACAGCCCGACGUGAAUACAACAUGCCACGCCUCCUCCGCCCCCUUCGAAGAGGAGGGAUAUUAGAAGCUUUUCUUCCAAGCAGCAGCAGCCACUUGCAUCCUCCCCCACAGCAGCAGCAGCAGCAGCAGCUUAGCACCGCAUCCAGCUUCCUCCAGCAUCCAGCAUCCACCCGAGCCUGGGAAGGAAGCAACAUCAAGUCCAAACCCGGGCGCUGCCGCUCGACCCACGGAGGAGGAAGAGACGCAAAGAGGAAAAGAGGAGGAGGGGAGACGCUUCCUCACCAUCUGAGUGAUGCCACAGCACCAACUGUAUUCGGAGCAGCAUCAGCGCUGAGAGUUGAUCUUGUAUUUUAGCGGCUUCGGGGGAGAGGGAAGCGUUUCCAGACUCGAAGACAGCCGCAAACUGCCCAUGAAGAUGUCCAACGCUGACAUCGUCCUAAACGCCACCGAUCGGGUGGUGAAAUCUGUCCCCUUCCCCUUAAGCCACCGCCUUACCAUGAAGGAAGUGUUCGACUGUGAAAGCAAACCUCGUGUGGAUCUCCUGAAGGCACACCUUACAAAGGAGGGUCGUGUGGAGGAAGCUGUGGCGUUGCGAAUCAUCAAUGAGGGAGCGGCAAUCCUACGCCAGGAGAAAACUAUACUGGACAUUGAAGCACCAGUCACAGUGUGUGGGGACAUCCAUGGGCAGUUCUUUGACCUGAUGAAGCUUUUUGAAGUGGGAGGAUCACCAGCCACAACGCGCUACCUGUUCCUUGGGGACUAUGUUGACCGUGGUUACUUCAGUAUUGAGUGUGUUUUAUAUCUUUGGUCACUGAAAAUCCUCUACCCAAAGACACUAUUUUUACUGCGUGGAAAUCAUGAAUGUAGACAUUUGACAGAAUACUUCACCUUCAAACAAGAAUGUAAAAUCAAAUAUUCGGAGCAGGUGUAUGACUCAUGCAUGGACGCGUUUGACUGCCUUCCUCUGGCUGCACUCAUGAACCAGCAGUUUUUGUGUGUUCACGGCGGACUCUCGCCUGAAAUACACACCUUAGAUGAUAUUAAAAAGUUGGAUCGGUUCAAGGAGCCGCCGGCGUUCGGGCCCAUGUGUGACCUGCUGUGGUCGGAUCCUCUGGAGGACUUUGGCAAUGAGAAAACCCAGGAAUAUUUCAGCCACAACACAGUGCGAGGCUGUUCCUAUUUUUACAGUUAUCCAGCUGUGUGUGAGUUCUUACAGAGCAAUAACCUAUUAUCAAUUAUCCGAGCGCAUGAGGCACAAGAUGCAGGGUACCGGAUGUACCGUAAAAGUCAGACUACCGGAUUCCCAUCCCUCAUCACAAUCUUCUCUGCACCAAACUACUUGGAUGUUUACAACAACAAAGCUGCUGUACUCAAAUAUGAAAACAACGUCAUGAACAUCCGACAGUUUAACUACUCCCCUCAUCCGUACUGGCUGCCCAAUUUCAUGGACGUCUUCACCUGGUCGCUGCCGUUUGUUGGAGAGAAAGUCACAGAGAUGCUGGUGAACGUGUUGAGUAUUUGCUCCGACGACGAACUAAUGAACGAUGAAGACGAGAUCUUCGAUGCCAACGCAGCUGCGGCACGCAAGGAGGUGAUCCGAAACAAGAUCCGUGCUAUUGGGAAAAUGGCCAAAAUGUUCUCAGUCCUCAGAGAGGAGAGCGAAAAUGUGUUGACGCUCAAGGGCCUGACGCCCACCGGCAUGCUGCCGAGCGGGGUUCUCUCUGGGGGCAAACAGACGCUGCAAAGCGCAACCAUUGAAGCCAUUGAAGCCAUCGAGACCACUGAUGAGGACAGAGAAGCCAUCCGUGGCUUUUCCCCCCAGCACAAGAUCACCAGUUUCGAAGAAGCCAAGGGCCUGGACCGCAUCAACGAGCGCAUGCCUCCUCGCAGGGAUGGCGUCAACCACGUGGGUCACUCCAUGGGAAAGAUGAAUAUGUCCGAGGCGAACGGCACGGAUGACAACAGCAACAUCCAGUGAGGCCUUGGUUGGUGACGGUGGUUGUUGUGGUGGAGAUAAUGGGGGGAUUGCGACCUUGCAGAUAUUCCCCCGUGCAGUGAGACAUUGCCAAAUGGAAAUUCAGGCCUCAUAGAAACACAAACGGGCCCACAGACAGACGGAAGGUGAUAUGCUGCAAAUGAGCAAAAAGGGUUGUUUAUUUGGUGACGGAAUAUGAAGGGAAGAUGGGGGCUGCAGCGUGCUUUAAAAGUUGUCUGUCCCUACUUCUGCUCAAUUACAGACUGAACGAAGUCGGACAUUGCGUUGAUGACCGACACAAGGCAACAUUUCAUUAUCCAUGACGUGCAAAUUAUUAUUUCUUUUCUAUAGCAAGGCACUCACUGAUUGAUUGCUUGAAGAUAUCUUGUUUUCAGUAUUAGAAAAACCUUGUAUCUGUUUUCAGAGUGGGUUUAGCACUAAUUCCUACAAAAUAGACCCAACAAUAUGAGGGAGUGGCUUUUACCAACCAGUCGGUAAAGAAUGAAUCAAUCAAUCAAACUUUAUACAACAUGCAGUGUGUUUAUGCUAUUAGGCAACAAAAUGUAUACUAUUACUUGGACUUAAUUAGGUACCCCAGAUUAAUUUUAUAUAGAGUUGUCCAAUAAUUACUUUUUCACUGAUAUUCCGAUAUUGUCCAAUUCCAAAAAUCCGAUACCGAUAUAUUAGGUCGUGGACUUAACAUAUUAUGGCUAAUUGUAUUGUGAUGCCCCACUGGAUGCUUUAAAAUGAUAAUGCUCACAUAACAAAAUCCCAAGCAUCUUAGUUUGGAGACAUCUACUGGUCAAUAAGCAUAACUGUUUUGCUAAGCUGUGACCAGCUCUUGUACAAAGGCAGAAGACUUCUACAUUCACUUUGAAUGCAACAUGCAUAUUGGAUGAAAAACCGAUGUCGAUAUUAUCCGAUAUCAUUUUAAAAGGCUUGUAUCGGCUACCCGAUAAUAUCGGACAACUGUGUUUUUAUAUAUUGUAAUAUUGCUACAACAUGAAUAUGGAGUCUAAUAUUUAAAGGGAUCCACAGAUAGAAAGACUUGUAGUUGUUAAAAGAUAAACGUUAUCAUGAGUUAAAAUAACUUGAUAUUUUCGUUUUUAAUAGAAUUUUUAAAAUUAGUUUAGCUAAUAGGUCACCAUUACUGUUGACGUCACAGGGCGGUGACGUCACAUGGUUACGCUGCCGGGCUUCCGGAGUAUGACUCUAGGGACAUAAACAUGUCAUCUGUUCAACCCUUUCAAUUUGAACCCGAGAAGAACAUUAAUGAGCAUAACAGCACUGUCGAUAUUCCAUAAAAUUAGCAGCAAAAGCAAAAUGAACAGGAACGAUGGGAUGAAGCGACAGUUGACAAAACAGGUGUUCUGCCAAAAUGCCCUACACAGGCGAAAUGUCCGACAAGAGGCGAACUUGACACUCAAAGUACUACCGUUGUUUAGAUGCCACAGACAGAGCAUACUAAAGAUGCUUUAAAAAAUACUUAAAUGUCGUAAUAUCAAAUAAGGGUGGCUUAAAUACGCUAUGUGACUAAUGUGGUCAACAGAUCAACAAUCUGCUUUAUAGCUACCACAAGAAAACACAAUGCUUAAAAGUAUGAGAUGGAAACAUAUGCAAAAAGUAUUUUGAGGCAAUGAAAAUGUAUUAAAAGACUCAAAAAACAGAUAGUAAGUACUCGCCGCUUUUAGCCAAUGAGCGCAUGUGUUGGACGUCUCGCCUCGUUGAAGGAAUUGCAGUAACCCGGUACUAUUCGUUAGGGGUGUUCCAUUGUAGGCACCCCACGAUUCGAUUCGAUUACGAUUCAGGGUGCUACGAUUCGAUUAUUAAAUGAUGAUCACGGUAUUGACGAUGAUCACAGUUAUUACGAUUAUAUAUCCUAAUGAUUCAACAGGAACGAUGGGAACAUGCCCAUACAAAAAAAAGCUGCCCUUAACGUGUUUUUUUGUUGUUUUUUUUGUUUUGUUUUUUUACAAGAAAGUGCAAAAACAUUAACCAUUUUAAAGGCAGUACUUAUUUCUCAAUAUGCCUAUACAACACACAGCUGACCUUGAGAUACUCUUUUUCACAAGAAGGUGCCAAAACAUUAGCCAUUUCAAAGGCAGUACUUAUUUUUCUCAACGAUACAAAUUUAUACUGGUGGAAUGAAUUCCACAUUUUCUGGAAACAGCGUCUUUAGAAAUAAGACUUCUUCUAACCCAUAUACUUUGUUUUCACAGAUUUCUUUGCUAUUUCGCAUGUUUGUAGUGUUACCGCUGUACUGAAUCAUGGUUUUACACAGUCCGCAUAUGGAAUGACUUUUGUACACCAACAAACAACGUCCAAAUGAACAUGGAAAUACAUUAGCGAAUUCGCUAAUUAGCUUAGCGCUCGGCGCUAACUGUUAACAUCUCAAAAACAACAACAAUAAAGGCUAAACCGUACAAGAGGGCUCGUUUACUCACCUCUUAUAGACGCACACGGGAUUUAGCAACACACUCAGGACAUUUUUUAAUUGACAUGACUUGAAACUACUGCAGGACAACUGAAAGACAAACGAACUAUCUCUCUUCCCCUCUCGCUCUAAAAAAUAACUUGCGCUCGGAAGCGCGACCGCCGGGUCCCUGCUUGUCUCAUACACAAAUUUAUUUUCCAGUCUUUUGAAAAGGAGUAAAUCUAUCGCUCAGUAACCGGCAACAUCCAUUAUAACGUUGUGCGUGUGUCCGUUAAAAGUGUCUGGGCGGCAGACGUGUCUUGAAUUUCGUUUCGCUACGAGCGGCUGUCAUAAAGUUAUUAGGGAAAAUCAUCGAUUUUGAACAUUUAUGAAUCGUAACCGAAUCGCGAUGCAUCGAAUAAUCAAUUUUUUUGGCACUGCCUUACUAUUCGUCGAGUGACUGUGACAAUCUACGUCAUCACAGCGAGCGUCUAUUGCGCGCUCGAAACGUAGCGCCUCCCAUAGGUCAAAACGUACUAUAUAUUAUAGAUUUUUAAAUCAAUGAUAAUAUUUUAUUGUGUUUCUAAUAGCAUAUUUUAGCAAAAGACAACAAUUGUGGCGUAUUAGAGCCUACAAGUCUUUUAGUCUGAGGUUCCCUUUAAAAGUUAAAAAUGUACAAAGUAAAAUACCCCCAAAAUAUGAUUCGAAAUGAGACGUCCUAAGUAAUUGAACAGCUAAUCUGUCAGAUACUUUUAUUUAUUUACCUUUAUUGUUAUUUUAAUUAAAGACAAGCGCUAAAAAGUCAAUGCAGUGAGAGAUUAAACCGCCACAUGACUCGCUGAACGUCAUCUCCUCGCAACUCGGAGGAUCUGAGGACAGAAAAGAGAGUUAAUCUUACAGUAUCUUUUAAGAGAAUGUGAAAAGGGUUGAGAUGUUUUUUUUUUUUUUUUCAAAGACGUUUUUGCCUCGCUAUUAUUUGUCAUCACGUCGGCAAAGCAUGGCAUUACCUCGCACAUCCUCACUUUCUGAAAGAAAAGGUAUUCACUGGAGCACCCUCCUCUACUGAUGAAGCUUCAGCAAUCACGCCUGCGUUGCUAAAGAACUUGACAACAGAGGUGAAGAAAAGAUUUUGGAAUUUUUCUUAAAAAAAAAAAAAAAAUGUAUCCUGCUUGCCCAGCACUGUCUGAGAUUUGUGCUGUCACUCAGGUGUGUAUUAGCUCCCUUAUAUCCCUUCGAUUGCAUUAAGUUUUAAAUGUGUAACAUCUACACAACUUUAUUAAGUACAUAUAUAGUCAUAUCUGCAAUUAUAUGAGGGUGAAGGGGUGUCAUCUAUUUUUUAUGACAAAUCUGACAGUGGAUGUCCACACUGUGAUUAAAUGUUUUUUUAGAAAAUAGAAUUUGGUAAGUACACUCUUAUACUUCACUAUCAGUUGACGGUCUGAACGUGACAAGUCGCAUAGAAGUGGACCAUUUCAAAUCCGAUCUGGGUCACUUUCGUAUGUGGUUUAAAUCCAAUCUGGGCCACAUUUUUCCAGAAUGUGGCAGCGGUCUGAACUGUCAAGUCUCCCAAAUCGGAAUUUAUGCAGCAAUAGCGUACCGCACAUAACACGUCCCAUUUUGUCCAUUAAUAUUCAUGACGUUAGCCACUGUUGCUAGGCGGGUCAAACUCGCGUUUGUGCCUCAUGAGCUAAGCCUACCAAUUCUGUCUGAAAACGAUGUCCCUGAUGCCAAAUUCACUGGUAAAGAUGUGGAAAAAUAUACAAAUGUUUGUUUAAAGAGUUAGCUUGAGUGUCGAGUAUCUUUUGUUUUUAAUUUUUAUAUAACAAAAUUUAAAAUGGCUAUAAAAUUCUCCAAUUUUACGCUAGAUGCACAAAAAUCCCCAAAUGCAGACAUAAUCACCUAAAUUUUUAAAGUUUUAGUCCGAAAUACAAUUUUUUUUGUUUUUGUUUUUGUACAAUUUUGACAUAUGUGUUCAACAGGUAAUAAAUCACUCAAUUUUCACAUCAGAAACUUGAGGAAAGCAUGCAGAAUAAUUUUAAUUUUACUCGACAAAACCAAAAUUAGCAUUUUUUAAAUAUACAUUCACAACUUAUUUAGGUUGAAUUCCGAUGUCGCUAUUGCCUUAGCGCGUCUUGCCGGCUUUCUGGCCCUCGUCGUUUUUAGAUUGAAAUGUUACAUGGAAUAAAACAGUCGAAAAAGUCGAAAAGUCGGGGGGG